GUGCCGGGAGGGGCGGAGGCGGUGCGGUGCCAGUGGUGGUGAGCCGCACCCCCGCCCCAGGCCAUGGGCUGCGCGCUCUCGGCCGAGGAGCGCGCCGCGAUGGCGCGCAGCAAGCAGAUCGAGAAGAACCUGAAGGAGGACGGCAUGCAGGCGGCGAAGGACAUCAAGCUGUUGCUCCUGGGUGCUGGAGAAUCCGGAAAAAGUACCAUCGUUAAACAGAUGAAAAUUAUUCACGAGAGCGGGUUCACCGCGGAGGACUUCAAGCAGUAUCGUCCAGUGGUCUAUAGCAAUACCAUCCAGUCACUCGUGGCGAUCCUGAGAGCUAUGACCAACCUGGGCAUCCAAUUCGCCAACAACGAGCGAGAGCCGGACGCCAAGAUGGUGAUGGACGUCAUCUCCCGGAUGGAGGACACGGAGCCGUUCAGUGACGAGCUGCUGGCGGCCAUGAACCGGCUCUGGCUGGACGGCGGCGUGCAGGAGUGCUUCGGCAGGUCCAACGAGUACCAGCUGAACGACUCAGCCAAAUAUUUCCUAGAUGACCUAGCGCGCCUGGGUGCCAAGGACUACCAGCCAACUGUGCAAGACAUCCUGCGAACCCGGGUCAAAACGACUGGCAUCGUCGAAGUACACUUCUCCUUCAAAAACCUCAACUUUAAACUGUUCGACGUGGGCGGUCAGCGGUCCGAGCGGAAGAAGUGGAUCCAUUGCUUCGAAGACGUGACGGCCAUCAUCUUCUGCGUGGCCAUGUCCGAGUACGACCAGGUGCUGCACGAGGACGAGAGCACGAAUCGAAUGCAAGAGAGCCUGAAGCUGUUCGACUCCCAUUGCAACAACAAGUGGUUCACCGA